GGGAUGAAGUGGUUUGGCAGAAUGUCCCUCAGCAGCAAAAGGAGUAAGAGGAGGAGUAGAAGGAGCAGCAGCUGGAGCAGCAGCAGUGGUAGGAACAGCUCGCUGCUCUUCUUGGCUCUCCUGGUGGUGGUGACCCUGUUCGCCGACCCCGUGGUGGCCCAGAAGCAGCGGACCGGUGGCGCCUCGGAUAAAGUGCCGGUCCUGAACAUUGCGGUGAUCCUGGGACGCACGCGCUACAUCUCCGAGAGGGACAUCCGGGCGCUGUGGAGCAAGGAGGACCCCAUCGACGUCAAUGUGGUCACACUGCUGGUCAACGAGACCGACCCGAAGAGCAUCAUCACCCACAUGUGCGACCUGAUGUCCGGGACCAAGAUGCACGGGGUGGUGUUUGGGGAUGGCACCGACCAGGAGGCCAUCGCCCAGAUUUUGGAUUUUAUUUCCACGCAGGCGCUCAUACCCAUCCUCGGCAUCCACGGAGGGUCGUCCAUGAUCAUGGCUGAUAAGGAUGUGAAGUCGACGUUCUUCCAGUUCGGCGCCUCCAUCCAGCAGGAGGCUCUGCUGAUGCUGAACAUUAUGGAGGAGUACGACUGGCAUAUCUUCUCCAUCGUCACGUCCAAGUUCCCCGGCUACCAGGAGUUCAUCAACAUCCUGAAAACGACCGUGGACAACAGCUUCGUGGGGUGGGACCUGCAGAACAUCAUCGUGUUGGACGCGGUGGAGGAAGACAGUCGGUCCCAGAUCAUGCUGAAAAAGGUCCAGUCUCCAGUGGUCCUGCUCUACUGCUCCAAGGACGAGGCGGUCUACAUCCUGGACGAGGCCCGCUCCCUGGGCCUCACCGGAUUUGGAUACAUCUGGAUUGUGCCGUCGCUCACCACCGGGAACCCAGAGAUCACGCCCGAAGACUUCCCGUCGGGGAUGAUUUCGGUGUCGUACGACGACUGGGACUACCCGCUGGAGGCGCGGGUCCGCGACGGCCUAGGGAUCAUAACGUCGGCAGCGGCAGCCAUGUUGGAGGAGUACGGCGACAUCCCCGAAGCCAAAACCUCCUGUUACGGCCCGAUGGAGAAGACGUCCAAGCUGCCGCCCAGCGCACUGCACAAGUACAUGAUGAAUGUGACAUGGGACGGCAGAGACUUGUCGUUUACAGAGGACGGCUACCAGGAAUUCCCAAAGCUGGUGGUGAUUGUUCUCAACAAGGAGAGGGAGUGGGAGAAGAUGGGGAAGCUGGAAAACCGCAGCCUGACACUGAAGUACCCGGUGUGGCCGCGCUUCAACUCCUUCGGAGACGCCGAGCUGGACGACAACCACUUGUCCAUCGUCACGCUGGAGGAGAAGCCUUUCGUGAUCGUGGAGGACGUAGAGAGGCUGACUGGUACCUGCAUGAGGAACUCAGUCCCCUGCAGAAAGCAUAUCAAAGACAAUACAACGGAGGCUGGUGGGACAUACAUCAAGAAGUGCUGCAAGGGCUUCUGCAUUGACAUUCUAAAGAAAAUUGCAGUGUAUGUGAAGUUCACCUAUGACCUGUACCUGGUAACCAAUGGCAAGCAUGGGAAGAAGAUAAACAAUGUCUGGAAUGGGAUGGUGGGAGAGGUGGUCUAUAAGAAAGCCGUCAUGGCCGUCGGAUCUCUGACGAUCAAUGAGGAGCGUUCUGAGGUCAUCGAUUUCUCCGUCCCGUUCGUGGAAACUGGGAUCAGUGUCAUGGUCUCCCGUAGCAACGGAACAGUGUCCCCUUCAGCCUUCCUCGAGCCAUUCAGUGCAUCAGUGUGGGUCAUGAUGUUUGUGAUGCUCCUACUGGUCACUGCAAUGGCUGUCUUUAUGUUUGAGUACAUCAGUCCUCUGGGAUUCAACAGAAACCUGGCGCAGGGCAAAGACCCCCAUGGUCCUUCUUUCACCAUGGGCAAGGCCGUGUGGCUGCUCUGGGGUCUGGUCUUCAACAACUCUGUGCCAGUGCAGAACCCGAAGGGAACCACCAGCAAGUUCAUCGUGUCUGUGUGGGCCUUCUUCGCUGUCAUCUUCCUGGCCUCCUACACUGCCAACCUGGCCGCCUUCAUGAUCCAGGAGGAGUUUGUCGACCAAGUCACCGGGCUCUCCGACAAUAAGUUUCAGAACCCGUAUGCCUACUCGCCUCCGUUCCGCUUCGGGACGGUUCCCAACGGUUCCACCGAGAGGAACAUCAGGAAGAACUACCCUGCUAUGCACCAGUACAUGGUGAAAUAUCAUCAAACUGGCGUAGUGGAUGCACUUGUCAGUCUCAAAACAGGUAAACUGGAUGCCUUCAUCUACGAUGCUGCAGUGUUGAACUACAUGGCGGGCAGAGAUGAAGGGUGUAAGCUGGUGACCAUUGGCAGCGGGUACAUCUUUGCUACUACCGGCUACGGCAUUGCUCUACAGAAAGGCUCCUACUGGAAACGACAGGUGGACCUGGCUAUCCUGGCUAUUAUCGGAGAUGGGGAGAUGGAGGAACUAGAAGCCCAGUGGCUGACGGGUAUUUGCCACAACGAGAAGAACGAGGUGAUGUCCAGUCAGCUAGAUGUGGACAACAUGGCUGGGGUCUUCUAUAUGCUGGCCACGGCCAUGGGGCUGUCGCUCAUCACCUUUGUCUCUGAGCAUCUCUUCUACUGGAGGCUCAGAUAUUGCUUCACCGGGGUCUGCUCGGGCACGCCUGGGCUUCUUUUCUCCAUCAGUCGGGGUAUCUGGAGUUGUAUCCAUGGAGUCCAUAUUGACAUGAAGAAGAAGACGGAUAUGGACUUUAGCCCUCAGGACAAAAUGCUUAAACUCAUAAAGUCAGCCAAACAGAUGACCAACAUGUCUAACCUUGCGGGCUCUCGCUUGAACUCGCCCAAACGUGAGUUCAUGCACUCCGCUGGCCCAAUGAUCAUGGACAUGAUGGCAGAGAAGGGCAACUUCAUCUACGCUGACAACCGAAGCUAUGCUCCCAAAGAUAUGAUCUAUGGGGACACUGGUGACCUGCAGGCUUAUCUUGCCAACCGCCACAAAGACCACCUUAACAACUACAUCUUCCAGGGAGGCCAGCAUCCUCUGACCCUCAACGAUGCCAAUCCCAACUCAGUAGAGGUGGCAGUGAGUGCUGAUUCAGUCCAGACUAAUGCCAAGCCGCCACGGACCCUAUGGAAGAAGUCGGUGGACACGCUACGUUCGGCACCACCUGGCCCCCCUCCAAUGCCUGACAUGCUGAUGCCAGAUCCACGCAUGUCGAUGAAGACGCAGCGCUACCUCCCUGAGGAGACAGCCCACUCCGACAUCUCCGACUGCUCCAGUCGGGCAGCCUCCUACAAGGACCCAGAAAACAACAAGCACCUGAAACCCAAGGACAACUUAAAAAAAAGAGCUGUGGCAUCAAAAUACCCAAGGGAUUGCAGUGAGUUGGAGCUGUCCUACUUAAAGACUAAGCAGGUCCCCGGCAGUACCAACCACACUGGGAGAGGAGGAGGAGGAGGAGAGAAAAUCUACACUAUCGACUCCGACCGAGAGAUGAGCAUGCACUCAGAACCCGUUCUCUAUCGCGAGAGUCGUGGCCUUGCUGCAGAUGAUUUGGAAUACCCUGAGAUCUACUCCGACCACAGUGACUACAGGAAGUGUGAGCAGCCCAUCAUUCAUCUGAACUCCUCACCUUUGCAUCAUACAGACUCUGAUCUUCUACCAGACCCAGCUUACUCCAAACACUACAACCUGAAAGAGAAAAACCUGUCUCAACAUGAAUCCAUGGAUCGGUACAAACAGACACACUGCCGUUCCUGCUUGUCCAAAGUGACCGCUAGCUACCCGCCAGCAGGGUCAUACCCUCCUACUGGACCUGCUGUAGCUUCUGCCUCACGCUCACCCUAUAAUCGGUGUGAAGCAUGCCUCCACAUGGCCAACCUGUAUGACAUUAGUGAAGACCAGCUCCUCACAGACCCCUUGGUCAGCCCCACCUUGCACCACCAACAGCAGCAGGAGCCAGACGAAAUGUUUGGUCUGUAUUGGCCACAGACAGAUGGGCCACAUGUCCAAAAGAGGAAUCGCUUGAGGCUGAGUCGUCAGCACUCCUUUGACAACAUCAUGCUAGAAAAACCCAAGGAUGUAGACCUGAGCCGACCGGCGCGCAGUGUCAGCCUCAAAGAGAAGGAUCGCUUCCUAGACUCCGCAUCUGACUCGCACUAUGCGAACCUCUUUGGAAUGCGUCCCUAUUCUGGCAGACUGUUUGGCACUGGGUCCAAAUCAAUGUUUAACCACAACCUGGAGGAGAGCAAGAGGAGCAAAUCCCUGUACCCGUCCCAUGGCUCGGAUAACCCAUUCCUCAGCCACUCGCUGAGGGAUGACACCAGCAGCAGACUGGCCCAUGGGCGUAGUUCCUCUGAUAUUUACAAACAGCUGGCAGUAGCUUCACCUGCAGCGGUCCUUGGAGCACCCCCCAUCAAAACACGUAACGAUGCGAACAAUCUCCGCUCUUCCGUUAAAUCCACCUCUUCAUACUGCUCACGGGACGGGCGGAUAACUAACGACAUGUACAAUAAAGAGCAUGUGAUGCCUUACUCAGCCACUAAGACUAGUGCAUACCCGGCCCCGCGUGGCGUCCUAAACUCAGCCCAGUUCAGCAAUAGACGGGUGUAUAAAAAAAUCCCCAGUCUGGAGUCAGAUGUUUAG